AUGUGGCACGAAGCACGGAAGCAGGAUAAGUUAAUUCGAUACAAAAUGGUUGAUGCUGCUAAACGGUCAGAACGGCGAAGAAAUUACUAUGAAAGCGUUGUAAGUUACUUAGCUUCUAUUUUUAUGCUGUUUAUUUAGAGGAGGGACCCAACACAGUUUAUGCAAAUUCAUGGUAGAAAGUGCAAAAUUCAUAUUGAUCCGGAUAUUGCCAAGGCGGCUUCACAAGUCUUGUAGGUUGCUUUGUUUUUUAAGUUUUAUUUUUUAUUUAAAGCUUUAGCAACAAAAAAAAUUUAGACGAAAGUGGCAGGGAGAUCCCGAAAUUACGAUUGAUCGUUUUGAUGUAAGAGCUCAUCUUGAUUCACUUUGUGAGAUCAAACAUAAAAGAAGUAGUCUUUCUCAAGCUGAAGAGGUAGAAGAAAUACAAUGUGAUUUUGAUAGAUACAAAACCAUUGUGAUCAAUGAAUUUGAAGGUAUCGAUCAAACCGAUUUUUAAAGUCUAUUGCUUCGAAAGAAUUUUGGGAAGACCGUGAAAGCGAUAAAAAUCCAGGCAGCAAUAGGUAAGAUUUAAUGGUGCAGUUUUCGAUAAUUUUUUUAUAAUAAAAGUUUACUUUUAGGAAGAAAACAGAAUCGGCUACCAUUUCUUUUUCUUACGAACAUACUACAAUUGUUCCUGGAAGAUCAAAAGAUGAAGCUUUUGAUGCUGAAGAAAUUGAUCAUCUUGGUAUGUUUAAGUAAAAUUUUAUUAAUUAUCAUAAAUAAAACUAAAAGAAGGUACUUUGAAAUGUAAUGAUAUGAUUCGGCUUUUAGUCAUCUGAUUACUUAAUGGUUUCAUAAAACUAUUAUUUGACUUACAGAUACCCAAUUCAAUCUGAACAAACUAUCAGCUGAAAAAGCAGUGGAGCUAAAUAAACAUGGCGCGCAUUUUGGUCGGCUUGGUACUGUAUUUUUGGAUUUGCUGCGAAUAGACCAAAAGGAAGAAUUAGAAGCCAAGGAACUAAAGGAGAUUGACAAAGCAAAACUGGCUUUAAAUGUAUUUUUAUCUGUUAUUUUAACGUUUUUAGAAACAAUAAGUUUACUAACUAAAAAUUUUAAAUUGUCUUCAUGUAUUUUAUUUUUUUAACCUAUAAUUUAUUUAGGGGAAAGACGCGAAAAUGGAGCGAUCUCGUCUAAAAGAAAGACGUGCAGCUUUACUGACCAAACUCAAUCAAAACGAAGAUGCUACAAAAAUGGUGUUGGGUGCCUUAAAACGCGAGAAAUUACUGCAACAAAAGUAGGUAAAUUUUUGAUAUGGUAAAUAUUUUUAGGGAUUCGUCGUCAGAAUCUGAAGACGAACAAAAAAGUACGUUGAUAAUUGGAGGUCACUCAAAGGAACUUCCAAAAUACAACUUUUACGGUUCAAGAUUUAGUUUAACCAAAAAGGAUGAUAAUAAUGAUGGUUUAAGGUACGUUCUUUCAUAAAAUGUUGUUGUUUUUCAUAAAGAGAGUAAAUAUCAUUGAUAAAAAUUUUUUUAAGUAUUACAAAUUUAGGGAACUAAAAAAUCGAAAUUCAAGCUCUCCUGAUUUUGGAGCUUCAGAAACAGAUUGCGUAAAGCCAAACACAUCGGAACCUUUAAACGAAGGGGUAAAUAAUUUAAAAUACUUUAAUUACGGAAAAUUUUAGUUUAGAAUUAAUUCUAAACUUCAGAGUAGUGCCAAUCGGGGACGUCGCUACGGAUUUUAUCUGGGGGAGGGGGAGGUCAAAAAAAUUUUUUCUUCCACAUGAAUGACCGAUUUUUCAUCAUUUUUUUUUUGUUUUUUUGCGUACGGUUACCUCCUACCUGUGGAAUUUUUUUCCGAUCAGCUCUGGCGGAGGGGGUACCUCCCCCCCCCCUCCCCCCCCCCUCCUACCCUCUCCCCCAAACGACGUUCCUGAUCCCAAUAUAGCUCAUAAAACUUUAUUUCCUUAUGCAACGGUUUACAAGCUAAUGUUUUUAUGUUUGUGUUUUGUUUAUAUUGCCUAACUUUUAGAAUUUGAGCGACAGUGAUGCAGAACCUUUAAAAGUAACAUCAAGUAUGAGUGAAUCAGAAGUUGAGAGAAGAGAAAUUGAAAAUAGGAAAAAAAGGAUUAGAAAAACGAAGAAAAUGGUCGACAAAAGAAUAAACAAUAAAAACGACGACGACCAACAAAGAAAUAAUGACGUUGCGGAAAGACUAAAACGAAAAAUGGACAAAAAAUUACAAAAACGAGCAGAUCAGAUGAAAGAGGAGGAACGAAAUAAACGAUUGGAACGGCGUGCCGAGCAAAAGGUAACUUUUUGUCAAAGUUUUCAAAAAAAGUGAAAUUUAAAUUUUUUAUAGCGAAAUAUGAAUUUAUACAUUGUGUUAUUGUCAAAAGUAUUAACAUCAUGUUUAUCUUAGGAACGAGAUGAAAUUUUGUCGAACGACGCAAGAGCUUUAAGGAAACGUGAGCGUGAACGUGAUGACUGUUUUAAAAAUCCGCAUGCAAGAAGUAGGUCCAGGAGCCCACGUCGCAGCCGUAGUAAUGGUAGAGAUAGGAGAAAAUCACGCGAUAGGACUCGGGAAAGCAGAAGUAGAUCUAGAAGCCCGGAAAGGAGACACAAGCGCCGAACUGAUAGAUUAUACAGAAGUUGAUUUUCGUUGUUCAUAAAUUUUGAUGUUUUAAAAAAGCAAAGUUUAUAUUACUUUAAAAUUUUGAGAAUUCCAUUUUUAUUGAUGUAGUUUUUUUUGUAAUAUGUUUCCUCCUCUGCUAAAAAUUAAUGUUUGUAUACUCUCCGAAUAUCAGCUGAUAUAUCAGGUUAUUCGCAGCUUGGGCGCACAUAGAAAAUAAAAUAAAUAUUUUCUAGAAAUAUAAAUUUAAAGAUUUCGCCAACUCUUGAGAAAGAAGGUAAUAACUUCGUUUUUUGUGUCCAGAACAUAAUGAGUUUAAUAGCAGGACUCAAAAGGUGUGAAUUUGUAUUGGAAAAGAAGAAACGUAGAUGCCGUAUGUUGAGCAAGAAAGGAGAACGAUUUUGUGGGGAACAUAAAAUUCAUGAUCCGAAUAAUACCGUAAGUUUGUUUUUUCUUUUGAUUAAUUUUUAGGCAUUAAAAAAAGUCAACUAAACUUAAAAUAUAUAUAAGUUCUUAGCAUUUUUAAGGAUAGAAUUGCAUGUCCCAAUGACCCAAAACAUACAGUGUUGUUAAUUGAUCUUGAAGAACAUUUAAAGAAAUGCAAUGCAAGAAUACACACGGAUGUAUGGAUAGAAGAAAACUGCAACAAGUUGAUAAAAGAUGCGAAAAAUGAAUUGUUUCUACGGCCUCCAGACGAUGAAAUAAGGAAUAUGGUCAACAAAGUGAACAAAAUAUAUGAAGAAAUAAAACAUGAGUUUGUUUUUUAUACACCGGAAGAAUUCCAUUACAAUGAAAUAAAAGAAGCUGCAGAUUUAGUAGGUGGAAAGAAACAGCUACAUUUAAAGCAAGUUGAUUCUAUCAUGAGUAAGUUGUCUUCAGUUCUUUUUAUAUUCAUUUUACGCAUUAAUUUGUAGUUUACGCAUUGGCAGUUAAACAUGUCAAAAUAUCUGCAACAUGCGUUUUUCGAAUUUUACGUGUUAUUUUUUUGAAGUAUGGAAAAACAAUAGUUAAAAUUUAUUUAAAUUUUAGGCAAUCUGACAAGUUACUUUUCAUUAGAGAACACGCCAGACAUAUGUUUGAUCGAUUUAGGGAGUGGAAAAGCUCAGUUAGUGUACUGGAUGAGCAAGUUUUUUUCAAACUUUAGUUAUCUUCUUAUCGACCGGAUGGGAGUUCGGAAUAAAUUCGACCGAAAAGCUUUAAAAGAAGAUUCUACACUUAAGAUUGAAAGAUUACGAUGUUCAGUCGAACACUUAAAACUGGGCAACGUAAGUUUGUUACAAGAUAACAAGAAAGUUUUGGCUGUAUGUAAACAUUUCUGUGGCGUAGCUACUGAUUAUGGAAUACGAUGUUUGGUUAAUGGAAAAAUUGACGGAGUCAAUAUCAGCGGAUUUGCGUUAGCACCUUGUUGUCAUCAUAAAUGUCUGAAAAAUGAGGUAAGGUUUUCCUUAAUUUUAUACAUUUUGUUUUAGUUUGUGGGUACGAAGUUUUUGGAAGCUAACGGAAUAUCAACUGAGAUAGAAUUUGCAGCUUUGCGGCAUAUAUCGACUUGGAACUGUUGUGGUUUUGUUUUUAAUGCAAAGGAUGGUAAUUUUGAAAUGUAAGAGGCUUAUUAGUCGUUUCUUUGGAACGAUAAAUUAAACUUUUAGAAAUUAUAGCUGUACUUAAAUUCCUUAUGGUUUUUUAUGCUAGAAACUUUUGUAAAUUAAAUUUUACGAUGAUUUUUUAAAUUAAUUACGUUGAAAAAACUAGUAAUUCGCAUUUUUUAAGAUUUAAGAAAACACUUAAAAUAGGUACUAAUGGACGAUUUUUAGGGAUGAUCAAGAUAAAAAAGAUUUGGGAAUGAAAGCCAAGCGCAUUUUUGAACAUGCGAGAUCAGAAUUUCUAAGGUCUGUUGGAUAUGAAACCAAAAUAAUACAGUACGUCGACCAGGGAAUAUCUCCGGAAAACUUGAUCAUUUUAGGUAAUAAACGGUAA